AUGAUUAUUGGAGGAAACGACGUGGCAGAAAUCACUAUCGCGGCGUCAAAGAAAACCAAUAUGUCGGUGUCUCGAGAGAAAAGGUCUAGGGAUUACUUACGCAGCGAAGCGAUCACCUUUAACCACGAGGAUGCUGAGGAUAUUGUCUAUCCGUAUAAUUUCGCGCUGGUAAUUUAUGUUAACAUCAAUAAGUUUCUUGAUAAAUGUAUUUUGAUUGAUCCAGGUAGCUCAGCCAAUAUAAUCCGAUGGAAGGUGAUAGAACAAAUGGCUUUACUCGAUCAAAUUGUUCCGGCAGUUCGAGUUUUGAAUGGCUUUAACAUGUCGAGUGAAACUAGAAAAGGAGAAAUCAUUCUCCCGGUUGAUGUGGCAGGAAUGUUGCGAUUGAUGAAGUUUCAUGUCAUAGAUGGGGUAAUGAGAUAUAACGCGUUAUUUGGUAGGCCAUGGAUACAUGAUAUGGAGGUUGCGCCAUCAACUCUGCAUAUGACGCUAAAGUUUCCAACUCCGAAAUGUAUUAAAGAAAUUCGAGGAUGA